GGGCCACUCAGCGGCCGGGUAAUGGCGCUCGGGGCCGGCGGCGCCUCCUCACGGGGGGUGGGAGAGCGAGAGGGCGGGGGGCGCGGCGUGGAGCGGGGACAAAGCGCGCGAGCUGCCAGGUUCUAAAAGCAGUGCCCCCUCCCGAUGCGCCGAGGGGCUGAGCGCUGCUCCGUGUCUGCGGGCAGGUGCUGCUGAGCCGGGCGCCGCGGCGCCGCGCUGCCAUGGGCGUGCAGGACCGACCGCAGUGCUUCUUCGACAUCGAGAUCAACCGCGAGCCAGUUGGUCGAAUUAUGUUUCAGCUCUUCUCAGAUAUAUGUCCAAAGACAUGCAAAAACUUCCUUUGCUUGUGCUCGGGUGAAAAAGGAAUUGGCAAAACAACUGGGAAGAAGUUGUGUUACAAAGGCACUACGUUCCAUCGCGUGGUUAAAAACUUCAUGAUUCAGGGUGGGGACUUCAGUGAAGGUAAUGGAAAAGGAGGUGAAUCUAUUUAUGGUGGCUAUUUUAAAGAUGAAAACUUUAUUCUCAAACAUGACAGAGCGUUCCUUUUGUCAAUGGCAAACCGAGGGAAACAUACCAAUGGUUCCCAAUUUUUCAUAACAACAAAACCUGCUCCUCAUCUUGACGGCGUACACGUUGUCUUUGGACUGGUUAUUUCUGGUUUUGAAGUAAUAGAACAAAUAGAAAAUCUGAAAACUGAUACUGCCAGUAGACCCUAUGCAGACGUACGAAUUAUUGACUGUGGGGUCCUUGUUACAAAACCAGCAAAAGAUGCUUUGGAGAAGAAGAAGAAAGUGUGUUCUGACUCAGAAGCUUCAGACUCCUCCUCCAGUGGAUCAGACCCCUCAGAAACUUCAUCUGAAAGUGAAGCUGAAGAUGAAAGAAGCAGAAGAAGAAAGCGUAAAAGAAGAGCUAAAACCAAACAGUCAAGAAAACGGAGGAAGGAGGAGAGGAAGAAAGAGGAUCUGAGAAGCAAGAGAACCUCAAACCAAAGAUGCAGCCUUUCUGACAAGAGCGAUGUAACAGAAAAAACAGUGGAUGUCAGCACAAAGAGGGAUAAGCCUGUGGUACGUCCUGAAGAAAUUCCCCCAGUGCCUGAAAAUAGAUUUUUGCUGAGAAGAGAUGUGCCUGUUGUCAGUACAGAACCUGAAACGAAGCUUCUUGAUGCUACUCCAGUUCUAACUGACCAGAAACCAUCAGUGUCUAAAUCUGGACGAAAAAUUAAAGGAAGAGGCACAAUACGAUAUCACACCCCACCUCGAUCACGGUCAUGUUCUGAAUCUGAUGAUGAUGAGAGCAGUGAGACUCCUCCUCACUGGAAAGAGGAAAUGCAGAGAUUACGAACAUAUAGACCACCUAGUGGAGAAAAGUGGAGUAAAGGCGAUAAGUUAAGUGACCCAUGUACAAGCAGAUGGGAUGAAAGGAGUGCAUCACGGAGAUCAAGAUCUUGGUCACAUAACGGCUACUCUGAUCUGAGUACUGUGAGAUACUCCAGUCACCACAAAAAGCACAGAAAAAAGAAAGUGAAACAUAAAAAGAAGUCUAAAAAGCAAAAGCAUUUCAAGAAGCACAAGCAAACUAAAAAAAAGAAAGCAUCAGCUUCAUCAGAGGUAGAAUCCUCACGUUCAUUCAGGAAGAAAAAAUCAUCUUGUGAUCGUGAGAGGAAAUCUCGUUCUUCUUCAUUGUCUUCUAGACAUUCAUCCAGAAGAGACUGGUCUAAAUCUGAUAAGGAAGACCAGAGUUCAUCAACUUUCUCAAGCAGAGAGAGUCGGUCAUACUACAGGUCCAGGUCCAGAUCCAGAUCCAGAUCUAGGUCUAAGUCAAGGUCUUAUUCCCAAAGAAGUUCCAGGUCAAGAUCAGCCUCUAAAUCAUCGCGUUCUCGAAGUAGGUCAAGAUCAAGUUCUAACCCUAGGCAUCAAAAGACUGUUUCCAAUUCUCCACGAAAUAUUUCAGCACGAUUAAAUGAAAGUAAGUUGAACAAGCCUUCUGACCCUGUAAGAGCAGUUAUACUACCAAGUGAUAAAGUCGUCAUCCCACCAGUUGUCCCAGAGACCCUCCCUGUAAUACCCUUAAGUGAUAGUCCUCCACCUUCAAGGUGGAAGCCUGGACAAAAACCAUGGAAGCCAUCUUAUGAGCGAAUUCAGGAAAUGAAAGCUAAAGCAACCCAUUUAAUACCCCCCCAAACUAAUUAUAAUUUAGUAGUUAUUAAAGAGGCUAACACAUCUUCGUAUCAAAAGCAACAGGGGAGUUCUGAUAGCGAUCGAAGCGGCUAUUCCAAAUAUCGUAGUGAUAAAAGCUCAGAUAGUUGGCAGAGAUCAAGAAGCAGGUCCUCUCGAAGUAGGUCAUACUCCAGAUCUUACACAAGAUCUAGAAGUCUGUCUAGCUCAAGGACAAAAUCUCGUUCUUCUGGCAGAUCACCAUCACCGAACAAAUACCGCAGUGACAGGUCAGGGUAUAGUGAGUCAACAUCCUAUUUUUCCCUUAGUGAUGAUGACAGGCACAGAAGCAAAAGAAAAUCUGCAUCAGGUGAUCAGAACGCUCGUUCUCUGAAAGUGAGGCAAGAAACAAGCUCUGAAAGUACCCUUCCUUACAAGGAUACAAAAGACUAUGAUGAGUCUUCUCGAGGAGUGAAAGAGAGUGACAGUUUAUCAUCUUCAGACUUCUCUACUGACAGUGAGCGUUCUGGUAAAGUGAAGGGAGCCCAAGAAAAGGAAGGCCAUUUUCAGUUAGAAGGAGAUGCUCAGCAACAGGAUAAAAAUACCUUCCGUUCUGUGAGAGGGGAGGAGAAAUCCAAGUGUGAAUGGGAUGGUGAUCAUUCUAAAAAGAAAGCAGUUAAAGAGCAAUCUUCUGAGCAACCUAGAGGUGGUGCAAAAAGUAAACAGAAAUCCUAUUCAUGUAGUAAAUGGGACUCUGAGUCAAACUCGGAAAGGGGAGAGGCUCAUCGUGGUAGGGGAGAUUCCAGACCCUCGUCUGAUAAAGAGGAAGGAGAGGCCACAUCAGGAUCUGAUACAGAACUUAGUGUUACCAAAAGGAGAAAAACAAAAUCCAAUUCCUCAGAAGGUGUUCUGGAUUCUGAUAGUGCAUGGAAAAUAAGUAAACAGUUACCAUCUUCAGAAUCUGAGAGUUCUCAUUCUAACUCAACACAUACCAGAGGAAAGUCAAAAAAACACAAACACGAAUCGAAAAAAACUCUUAAAAAAUCACAUUCCAAAAAAGUAAAAGAAAAAUCCAAAGGGAAAAAAGAGAAAAAACACAAAGUUCAGAAAAGAAAAGAAGUGUUUCACUGGCAACCCCCACUGGAGUUUGGUGAAGAAGACGAAGAUGAUAUAAAUGAAAAGCCAGUUAUCAAGGAUGACAAAGAAAAGCAACUUACCACAGCUGUGAAGGAUAAAAACCAAGAAGCUUGUGAAAAGGAUAAAAUGGUCAAAGACAAAACAGGAAAUGGUGAAAAACCUUGUGCAGAUGAAAACCUGCUAGUUAAAAAUACUACUCCUGAUGCCUCACCAAAUCAAAAUAAACUUAAUAAAGAUAGCAUCAAUCCAAACACUUCAACCAGUAUAUUAAACUCAGGAAUAAAUGUGAGUACUUGCAAUAAUGAGAGUAAGCAUGCUGAAGAAAGCAACCAGAAUGGAUUGGAUGUAAUUCAGACAGAUGACAACAUGGAGAUUUGUACUCCAGAUCGUAACUCACCAGGGAAGGUGGUUGUGGACACUUUGUCUCCUGUCAUUCUCACUGAUAAACCUCAGAGUUUAGGUGCUAGUAUAAACAAAGAUUUACAGACCUCCGAACAAGAUGCUGUCAAACCAGGAAACAACAUUGCAGACUUCAUUAAUAUUAAAGAAGAAGUAGGUAGGCAAGAAAAUAACUCCGUUCCUGCGUCCAAUGCUAAAGACUGUAGUUUGAAAAAUGAAAUUGCUGAAAAUACACAAAGCAAUUCAGUUGAUAACAAAUGGAAGCCCUUGCAAGGUGUUGGUAAUCUGCAACCAGCUACAAUUAGUACUGCCACAGAAGUCAAAAGUGUGGCUUCAGCACCAGAGGCUAAGCCUGCAGGUUUGAGAAUUGAAAUAAAAGCUAAAAAUAAAGUAAGGCCUGGAUCUCUGUUUGACGAAGUCAGGAAGACAGCACGGCUAAAUCGAAGGCCAAGGAACCAAGAAAGUUCCAGCGAGGAGGAGUCUCCAAGUAGAGAUGACAAUAGUCCAUCCAGGAGCCUCAGUAGGUCUCGAAGUAAAUCUGAAUCUAAAUCCAGACACCGAACACGGUCUGAAUCGUACAGUCACUCAAGAAGUCGAUCCCGAAGUUCUACAUAUUCUUACAGGUCAAGAAGCUAUACAAGAAGCAGAAGUAGAGGCUGGUACAGCAGAGAUCGAUCGAGAAGCCGAAGUAGUUCUUACCACAGUUACAAGAGUCGUAGUCGAACCUAUAGUAGAAGCAGAUCCAGAAGUAGUUCUUAUGGUCACCACAGUCGAUCCAGUAGGUCAUACACCUAUGAUAGUUACUAUAGCAGAAGUCGAAGUAGAAGUAAAAGGAGUGACAGCUAUCGAAGAUCGAGAAGUUAUGACAGAAGAUCCAGGUCUUAUGGCUCUGAUAGUGAAAGUGAUCGCAGUUACUCCAACAACCGAAGUCCCAGUGAGAGCAGCAGAUACAGCUGAAAAUGUUUCUUCGGCAGUGGAAACCAUAUUAAAUAAGUUGAUCAAUGUUACAUUUAGAAAGAAAAACAAAAAAUGUUUUGACAGUGUUGCAAGUGAAGUUUG